AUGCCGUUCGAAAACGAAAUUUAUCAGACGGUUAUGCUCAGACAUGCAAAUAUUUUGGGCUUUAUUGCAGCUGAUAACAAAGAUAACGGACUAUCGACAGAGCUCUGGCUAAUAACGGAUUAUCAUCCUCAUGGAUCGCUAUUUGAUUUCCUCCAAGUUAAUUGCUUGACACCUUUGGCACUAAUCCGCAUGGCUGCCUCUAUCACUAGCGGUCUUGCUCACCUUCACAUGGAAAUCACUGGAACACAGGGCAAGCCAUCGAUCGCACAUCGUGAUAUGAAGUCACGCAAUAUCUUAGUCAAGUCGGAUGGGGAGUGCUGUAUUGCGGAUCUUGGCUUUGCUGUCAAGUUGGAUAGCUCUACAGGCAGCGUUGAUCUCGCUUAUAAUCCAGAACGGGGAGGAACUCGACGCUACAUGGCCCCUGAAGUGCUUGAUGGCACUCUGCAGCAUGAUUCCUUUGAGGCCUACAAGCAAGCCGAUAUCUACAGUCUUGGACUUGUAUUUUGGGAGCUAGCAAGGCGUUGCUUUAUUCCGGCUGUAUACGGGCCUGAAGACUACCAACUUCCAUAUCAGGUAGCCUUUUACAAGUUGGCGGAAUAA